AUGGCAGAAAAGGGUGAGAAAUCAGCCAUGCUUCCAUAUGCUGAGCCCUAUUAUAUGGGAAGCUCAUACCAGUCUAAUGCUUCUCUGGGUUCUAUUCUUUUUAAUGGAACCAACUAUAACAACUGGAGCAAGAGCGUAAGGAUGGCCCUAGGAGCCAAAAAUAAGUUGGGAUUCAUUGAUGGAACCCUUAAAAAACAUUCAACUUCUUCCUCUGAUCAUAAUAAAUGGGUAAGGAAUGACUGCUUAAUCAGAUGCUGGCUAUCUGCUAGUGUUACUCCUAGAAUAGCUGAGCAGAUGCUGGUUGUUGACUCUGCUAAAGAGUUUUGGGAUGAACUCACUGAAAGGUAUAGGCAGUCUAAUGCUGCACAACUAUACAUGCUGAAGAAAGAAUUGAAUAGGUUACAACAGAACAAUAUCUCUUUAACUGAGUAUUUUACGAGUCUUAAGAACUAUUGGGAUGAGCUCAAUAGUGUUGAAGGAUUUCCUGAAUGUGUUUGUGGUGGGCUAGGAAAGUGCACUUGCAACAUAAUGAAGAAAUUGACAGACAGAGAAGCUAAAAAUAGAGUCAUAGACUUUCUCAUGGGUCUCAAUGGAGGGUAUGACAACAUGAAAGAAAACAUAUUAGGUAUGGAGCCAUUACCUAAUGUGAACAAGGCUUACCAUAUGGUGAUGCAGGUUGAGAAGCAGAAGGAGAUUUUUGGAUCUCAAGAGGUAGGAGUGGAGUGCAGUGCCUUGGCAGCAUCUAAGCAAAAUUUCAUUCAUUCUAAGCAGAUUGGAGUCCAGCUUAGUCAAGGAAACAACUACUACAAGAGAGAGACCAAGGAGGAAAUAAUGAAGAAGAAAUGUGAGCAUUGUCAGAUAAGGGGACACACCAAGGAUCAAUGCUUCAAGAUUCUUGGAUAUACAGAGUGGUAUAAAACCAAUCCUGAAACCAAGCCUGGGAACAAAUUUGUUGCACAUGUAGGUCAUUCUACAAGUGAAGGAGCCCAAGAAACACCUUUAGAUGUAGUUCUACAAAGAGAAGGAGGAAGGGAUGAUGCUGGAAUGGUGAGCACAGUUGUGCAAGAGGUCUUGAAGAUUGUAAAGCAACAACAACCUUCCACUUCUUCAGGUACAAACAUGAACAUGAGCAAUGUUGCAGGAAUUACUGUUGGGAUGCUUGAUGGAAGUAUAAAAGGUGUGAAAGAAGUUGGGACCGUUAACCUGAAUGGGAAUAUUAUAUUGAGGGAUGUUCUUUAUGUUCUUGAUUUUAAGCACAACUUACUAUAUGACCAUUCUAGUGGAAGGGUAUGUGCAAGAGGAAGGCAAUGUGGAGGUCUGUAUAAGCUGGAAGAAAAUGGCUAA